AUGGCCUCCAUACUCAGCGCCCUGCCCACGUCGAACAUCACUUUCCAGGGUUUGAUAUUCACCGACCUCUGCGACGGCACCGGCCUCACGGGGACGUGCUGGGCCGAGUACACCGCGGCCGAUGUCUGCCACAACCUCGACAGCACCUUGGACGACAAGAUCAGCUCGAUCCUAGUCGGGGCGGCCGGUACCGAUACGUGCGUGUUCUACGUUGAUGCGGACUGA